AUCAGUAUAUACUAACUCGUUUGAGUUGUUGAAUUUAUUGCUAUUAUUUUAUGUGUUUCAUUUAAUUAUUUUAAAUAAACAAGAAACAUAAUUAUCGAUAAAUAUGACUUCAAUCGAUAUAGAUCAAAGACUUGAAGAAUUACAACGAGAAUAUGUUGACUUUUUGGACGACAUGGAAGAUCAGGGUAUAUAUGCCAAUCUGGUUAAAAAUAUGAUUGAAGAAAAUAAAUAUAGAUUAUAUGUAAAUAUUAAUGAUUUAAGAAGAAAAAAUCCUCCACGUGCUAUUAGUUUAUUAAAUAAUUCUUUUGAGGAACAAUUAGCAUUUCAAAAUGCAUUAAGACAAUUUGUUGCUAAUGUAGAUACAGAUUAUGCUAAAGGAAAUGUAGAUUUUUUUAUAGCAUUUGAGGGAAGUUUUGGAAACAAGCACGUCACACCAAGAACAUUAACUUCACGUUUUUUGGGUAAUUUAGUAUGUAUCGAAGGUAUUGUGACAAAAUGUUCCUUUGUGAAACCUAAAGUUGUUCGUAGUGUUCAUUAUUGUAGUACAACGAAAACAGUAAUCGAAAGAGCUUAUACAGAUUUAACUUCAAUAGAAGCAUUUCCACAAUCUGCUGUAUAUCCUACUACGGAUGAAGAUGGAAAUCCACUUGAGACAGAAUUUGGCCUAUCUACAUAUAAAGAUCAUCAAACUCUUACGAUCCAAGAAAUGCCUGAAAAGGCACCAGCUGGACAAUUGCCACGUAGUGUUGAUAUCAUAUGUGAUAAUGACUUAGUAGAUUUAUGUAAACCAGGAGAUCGAGUUCAAGUUGUAGGAAAUUAUAGGUGUCUUCCAGGAAAACAAGGAGGCUAUACAAAUGGCACAUUUAGGACAGUUGUAAUUGCCAAUAAUAUUAUGCAAUUAAGCAAAGAAGCUAGUCUCUCUAUUUCACAUGAUGAUGUAGCAAUGUGUAAAAAAUUAGCUAAAAGUAAUCCAUGCAAAAAUAUUUUUGAACUUUUAAGUAAAUCUUUAGCACCUUCCAUACAUGGCAAUGAGUACAUAAAGAAGGCUAUUCUAUGUCUUUUGCUUGGUGGUGUAGAAAAAAUUUUACCUAAUGGUACAAGACUCAGAGGAGAUAUUAAUGUUCUACUCAUAGGAGAUCCAUCUGUCGCAAAAUCUCAACUUUUACGAUACGUUUUAUGUACUGCCCCACGUGCUAUAGCAACUACCGGCAGAGGUUCAUCUGGUGUAGGUUUAACAGCUGCAGUUACAGUAGAUCAAGAAACUGGAGAACGUAGACUUGAAGCAGGUGCUAUGGUUUUGGCUGAUCGCGGUGUUAUUUGUAUUGAUGAAUUUGAUAAAAUGUCAGAUCUUGACAGGACUGCAAUUCAUGAAGUGAUGGAACAAGGAAAAGUUACUGUUGCUAAAGCUGGUAUUCAUGCUAGUCUAAAUGCACGUUGUUCGGUUUUAGCUGCUGCAAAUCCUGUUUAUGGAAGGUAUGACCAAUACAAAACACCAAUGGAAAAUAUAGGAUUGCAAGAUUCUCUGCUUUCACGUUUUGAUUUGUUAUUCGUAAUGUUAGAUAUAAUAGAUUCAGAACAGGAUCAUGUAAUCAGUGAUCAUGUUGUGAGAAUGCAUAGAUACAGAAAUCCAAUAGAACAAGAUGGAGAAGCUUUACCAUUGAGUAGUAAAUUAGAUAUGUUAACAACUAAAAAUCAGGAUGAAGAACUUACUGAAGAAAUAGAAAAACAAGUCUAUCAGAAAUAUGAUCCUAUGUUGCAUGGGCAGUCAUGUGCAAAAAGUGAUCAAAUUCUGAGCAUAACUUUUAUGAGAAAAUAUAUUCAUAUAGCACGUUGUAUGAAACCAAAAUUAACAGAAGAAGCCAGUGAAGUUAUAGCCGACGAAUAUUCGAAACUUCGAUCAGAAGAAAUGCUUGAGUCUGAUGUAGCAAGGACGCAACCUGUAACAGCUCGUACUUUAGAAACAAUGAUUAGAUUGUCGACUGCACAUGCAAAAGCACGUUUAUCAAAAAAUGUUACUGCUGAGGAUGCUCAGGCAGCCAUUGAAUUGAUACAGUUUGCUUAUUUCAAGAGGGUGCUAGAAAGAGAAAAAAAGAAACGUAGAAGACGUGAUAGUGAUGUUAGCACAAAUAGUAAUGAAGAUGAACCAGUUAGAGGAGCAAAGCGUUCAAGAAGACAUCUUGAUGCACCGGGAGGAUCUACUAGCGAUCCUUAUGAAUACAAGAGCGAUACUGAUGAAUCUGUUGAUGAAUUUACAAGAAGGACUACUAGAUCUCGAUCUCAAAAAACAACCGCUACUUCUUCGACUACAGCCUCUCAGAGCUUAGUUCAAAGUAGUGAAGAAGCUGUAACUUCUACAGAGAAAUCAUCUGCAACAAUUACAGAGGAAUCACCUGCAACUAUUACAGAAGAGAGGUUGAAGGUUUUUCGAUCUCUACUUCAUAAAUUAUUCCAAGAACAAAGAGUUCAAUCUUUACCUCUUUCCAGAGUUCGAAAUUAUUUGGAUACACAACAUACUCCUAAUUUUACACUUUCCGAAAUUACUGCUGCGAUUAAUAAAAUGACGGAUGAUAAUCAAAUUAUGUCUGCAGAUGAUAAUAUUUUUCUGAUAUAAUUUAAAUUUCGUAAUUAAUAAUUUUAUAAUACAUGUAUUGUUAAAGUAAAAUUUAAAAAUAUAUUCUAAUAGUACUCCAUAUUUUUUAUACAAUUUUGUGUAAUAUAAUUAAAAAUAAUUUUAUCUAUUAACAUUUAUUAAUUUUAUAUGUAUAUAAUACAACACAUUGGCACGUAAACUAGCAACAAUAAUCAACAUUUAUUACAGAAAUAUAAACACAAUAUAGUAUACAAUAGCUAAGUUUCAGAUUUUAUAUAAAUAUGUUAUUCUACAUUUCAUGUAAUUAUA